AGGGCUUUGUGUGAGGCUGAGUUGACAGUGGUGUUUCAAAUUCCUUCGGGUCUUAGGACGAUAUUCUACUAUGUACCGUCGUUUCAGAUCUUUGGUUAUAACUGUCUUUAUCACUGUCGUCGAAUUUACAAGCCACAGAGUCCUUGUAAAUGCUGCAUUUAAAAACUGUAAGCCAUUUGAUGUGAUCCCUAAAUCCAAUUAUGAUAAAGACCCAGCAUCACUUCGAGAUUAUAGCAAGCGACCGAAUGGUUUUAUGUAUGGUUUUGCUGAAUACCCACCAACCAGCACUAACUUAAUGAAUCCAUGUGUCACUCUGCAAAAUCUUACUGGUCGUUCAGUUGAAAUUAAGGCACAGGCUAUCCUCGAAGGGAGUAAGAUAUGUGUAAAAGAUGAUGGAGGUAACAGUGGGUGUGGCACAAGCACAUUAGGCCAGUGUUGGGAUGCACACUCAGAUACAGUCAAGUAUGAGUUCUACUGUAAUCCAGCCAAGGGCUGUGAUUCAGAUGUGCAGUUCUGGUACCGCCUUGCUCCAAGUAUAGGUGAUUCAGAUGACUGGUGUACUCUUAUGUUAGAGAAUGAUUAUCCAAGCAGCUUGCUUCCAGUACCUUCGCGUGUUCCCACCCAGAAGACAACUCCAAGCUCUACCUCACUGUGUAGAGUUUCACACUUACUAACCAUCUUGUCGGUUCUCAUAAGCCAUUACUUACUUUUUAUCCCACACUAGAAGAAUUUAGAAGCCAUGUUAUUCAUUAUUAUAUUUAGAUUGAUUUAUACUGUAGUCAUCCUAACAUUGGCGUCCCUAAGGGAGGGUUCUUGGGUAUCUGCAUCCCUAGGGGAGGGUUCUUGGGCAUCUGUAUCCCAAGGGAGGGAGAGACAGACCCCCAGAUGCACCAAGUGUCCAAGGAUAAUAAAUUUCUUGAAUGACUAA